AUGAUUUCCUGUCCAUUUUGCAACCAUGAAGGGGGAACUGUCCUGUACACGCCACUGACACCGACAGAGCUCACCUCGACUCAUUCCGUGACAAACGGAAUGUCUCCGCGUCGAAGUAGCGCCAUUGGCAUCCCCAAAGCUACAGAAACAGAGUGCACUAUGACGUCAAGUCUGAAGGGUGUGCAGUACGCGUCAGCGGGAGACCGUGAUCGGAUUCGCGAUUCGCUUCGCUUACAGCUUAGCAUCCGCGACAAGCCUGUGACCAACAGCCCACACCUGAAUCGUGUCGCAGCGCUGAAUGAUGCAGCGUCCCGCGUUGCGACAACAUCCGCAGACGCUGCGCGGCUAGAGGAACUGAUGCUCUUGGAAGCUAUCCGGCGGUCGAUGCAAGAUAUUAGCGUAAAAACGACGAGGAACGAGGGAAUUGGCAGAAUGUUCAGCUACCUAACAACGUGA